AUGCUUUGCAUAAGUUGGGCCUUUCCAGCUGCAGCGCAGAUUAUCAAAGGAAAAGUAAUAGACCAGGAUGGUGAAUCAUUGCCCGGAGCUUCGGUGGUGGUGCAAGGCCAAGAAGGCGUGGGAACGGCCACCGACUUUGACGGAAACUUCACCCUGAAAGGUUUUAAUCCCGGUGCCGUAAAAUUGCGGAUAUCCUAUAUUGGUUACGCGGCCCAAAACAAAACGGUAAGGGUUAAACAAGGGGAAACCAAAAAAAUAACCAUCACCCUGGAACCGGCUGACGACCGGCUCGAUGAAGUAGUAAUAGUGGGGUAUGGCGUUCAGCGCAAGCGCGAUGUAACGGGCAAUAUUGUCAGUUUGGAAGGAAAAGAAGUUCGCGACAUGCCAGCGCCCAGUUUUGAAGCGGCCCUGCAGGGGAAAGCACCCGGUGUACAAAUAGCCACCAGUGGCGGUAUGGCGGGCUCAAACUCAGUAGUGCGCAUUCGCGGAAUUGCCUCGGUUGGGGGCGGGGGAGACCCGCUUUACAUUGUGGACGGGGUGCAAAUUGACCAGGAUUACUUUCGUGGAUCAGGCCUGGGCAGAGGCGAUGCUGGCGGCAUGAACCAAAAUCCUUUGGCUUUUCUGAAUCCGGACGAUAUUGAGUCGGUAGAAAUACUAAAAGACGCAGCCGCAACCGCCAUUUAUGGGUCACGCGGGGCCAACGGGGUUAUAUUAAUUACCACCCGCAGGGGCAGCAGCAAUAAGCUCAACUAUAGCUUUUCCACCACGCAAGGGGUUUCUAUGCCCACCAAGCGCCCGGAAAUGUUAAGCUCACAGGAGUGGCUUGAUUUGUACGAAGAAGCCUGGAUUAACGAUGGCAACGUAGGGAAGCCUACCGGGUUGCCGGCCCAAAUAAGUUGGGACGAAGCCGAUAAAUACAACACCGAUUGGGUAGACGAAGUAAUUCGUACCGGCUACAAGCAAUUUUAUGACUUUGGCGUAGAUAAGGCCACCGAGCGGUUUAAUUUUUACGCAGGCAUUUCUUAUGAUGCCAACCAAAGUUACCUCAAGGGCGAUCAAUACGAUCGUUUAAGUGGCCGCUUUAAUGGCGACUACCGCUUUAACGAUAAAUUCUCAGCGGGCCUGAGCACCAACCUGGUGCAAGGCACUUACUUCCGGGUGGAUAACGGACCGGCCGGAGGACUCGGGGCAGCCAUGUCUUCUGCCCUUCCCAUUUUUCCCGUGCGCUAUGACCAGGACGUGUAUAUGCCCGACCCAGAAAAUCCCGGAGACUCAAUUUUAACGCACCGCAAAGGCGAUUACUGGUUUGAAGCAGGAGCAAAUAAUAAUCCCACCGGAUUGCGUAAUUUGAAACAAUGGCGCAGCACUGAGCUCCGAUCUAUUAACAAUGUUCGCCUAAGCUAUGAAGCCACUGAAAACUUGUCGUUUAAUGCCAAUGCCAGCUUUGAUUACUCCAACCUGAGGGAAGACCUCUACGAGCCAGUUGGCGGGAAUUCAUACAUCAAUGCCGACCCCAACCUGGGCCAGGGCAUUGCCAAGCGCUACCCGCGUCAGUCUUUCAAUUACAACACACACUUUACCGCUAACUACCUCUACGAUUUGGACGAAAACCAUCACUUUAAUUUUAUGGUGGGUACCGAGUAUGUGAACCAAAGGUCGGAGGUGAGCCAAUGGCUGCGCCCUAUCAACGACUCUACCGUGCAGGCCACCAACGAAGUAUUUGACGCGCGUGGGCCAUUCUUUGAUGAUGACGACCUGCGCGACACCAUUGCUUUUGAUUCGGUAAGAACCGAAUCGGAGCGAAUCUUUGCCAGCUACUUUGGUCGUAUCAACUACAACUACAAGCGCAAAUACCUUGCUCAAUUGGUGCUUCGCGCAGAUGGCAGCUCGUCAUUUGGUCCGGAUAACGUGUACGGGUUUUUUCCAUCGCUUGGCCUGGGCUGGGUAAUUUCGGAUGAAUCAUGGCUGAAGCACAGCAGCGUAAUCAACUACCUGAAACUAAGGGGAAGCAUGGGCUAUAUUGGCAACGCCAAUAUUCAGCAAAACCAAUUUGAAGCGCUGUACCAGGUAAACAAUGCCGGUUACAACAACCAACCCAUUCGCUACCCCAUUAACCCGCCCAACAGAAACUUAAAGUGGGAAAACACCGAGGUGGUGGAUGUGGCUUUGGAAUUUGGCCUGUUUGAAGACCGGAUUACCGGUGAGCUGGCUUACUACAGGAAAAACACCCGCGAUGUACUCAUGCAGGUGUCGCUGCCGCGGAUCAAUGGCUUUGAUACCUACUACGACAAUGUAGGCCAAAUUCUGAAUUACGGGCUGGAGUUCCAGCUUACCACACACAAUCUUACCGGCAAAUUUCGUUGGAAAACCGAUUUCAACAUUGCCUUUAACCGCAAUCGCAUUCUGAGCUUGGGCGGCUAUUCUGAAGAUGCCGUGGCUGGGGGUACAAAUGAUACCCGAAUUGUUGAAGGAGCAUCUUUGGGUACUUUCUACAUGGUAGAAGUGGCUCGUGUAGAUCCCGCCACAGGUGAUCCCGUUUACCGUAGCCCUUCGGGUGAGGAAACCAAAGUGUACGAUCAGGCCAACCGCGUGCCCGUGGGCAACGGAAUACCCGAUGCCAUUGGCGGCUUAACCAAUACCUUCACCUAUGAAAACUGGACCUUGAGUACCAUGUUUGUAUUUAGCAUUGGAGCUGAUGUAUACGACCAUUCCGGCAAGUAUCAACAAACCGGCUGGGCGGUUUUUGGAAAUUACUGGAACUACACCCCAGCGGUAUACGAUCGUUGGACGGAACCUGGAGACCAGGCGCGUUUGCCACGCCUUACCCUGGAUAGAAACUCAUACGAAGGUUUGGAUGAGGACUUUUGGAAUACGAGCCUUUGGGUAAGUGAUGCGAGCUAUUUGCGCCUGCGUAACGUCACCAUCGGUUACCGCGUUAAAAAGGAUUUUGCCAAAAAGCUGGGCUUGAAAAGCCUGGAGGUUUCAGCCAUCGGUACCAACCUGCUAACCUUCACCAACUUUAGAGGGCUUGACCCCGAAGCAGACGCUAUUACCAGCAAGGAAGACGUGCUGGAAGUAGUGAAUUCCUGCUAUGAUGUUUUGGCCAAUAUAUACAACGGCCGCAUUCAAUAUUGCAAUGAAUUGUUGGCCGAUGAUAUUGCCAUGCAGAACGAAUCGGGCGACCUGGGACAAAUUUACAACCGCAACGUUUCCAUUUUUAAUGGCACCGUUGAUGGCGUGUACAAAGACCCCUACAUAACCGUUUUUCGCGCCAACCGCAUUGACGAGUUUUUGGAAGAAUUUGAUUUUUCAGAACAGGAAAAAGCCGAAGUUCGGGCGCAGCUAGACGUAAUGCGGGCGGCUAGCCACUUUGAGGUGCUAAAACUAUGGGCACAGCCCUACGGCUAUUCCGCCAACAAUAGCCACAACGGCAUCGUGUAUAAAACCAGCACGCAGGUAGAGGUAUUGCCUCGCGAAUCGGUGGCGGCCGUUUACGAUCAAAUAAUUGCUGAUUUGGAAAACGCCAUUAACAGCGGAAGCCUGCCCAACAACAAUAUUUACCGCAUAACCGAAGACGCUGCCAGAACCUGGCUGGCCAAGGUGUAUUUUCAGAAAGGCGAUUACGCCAAUGCCCUGGCGCAGGCAGAGCUGGUAAUUAACUCGGGGCGUUACCGCCUGGAUACUAUUAUAGAUCGCUUUCAGCCCAACUCGGUAAACAUUCCGGAAAUCAUAUACCGCACGCGUAGUUUUGAAGCUACCAACGAUUACCGAAGCCGCGGGUUUACCGACAAUUACCGCUCAGAUGUGCCGCAGCCUCCGUUUUUACGCGCUUCCGCGGAGUUUUAUGCGGAAUACGAAAACGACACCCUGGACGCGCGCCUUACCCGAUUUUUUGAAGUAAGGGAGCCCGGUACCCCCGAGGAGUACGUGGCGGUAAAAAAGUUUAACAAGGUGUUUUUUGACGUACCCGUUUUGCAUUUAACCGAUUUGAAACUGCUUCGCGCAGAAUGCCUGGUUCUGCUCAAUCAGAACAUAAACACGGCAAUUGAUGACGUGAACGACAUCCGCGAACGCGCCUACGGAAACAGCAGCCAGAACCUUGGCCCGGGCCUGCCG